UCCCCGUACUGGCUCAUAAAACAAGGCAGUCGUCGUUCAUUCGUUCGUUUGUUUCUUGUUCAGCAGUUUUGGGGUGUUAGACCGAAGGUUUCUCUCUCGGUUCAGCAGCACACGAGUUUGUCACAAAUCGAUUAUAUUUAUUGCUGCGCUGUAGACUUUUAUAAAGAAGGAAACAAAGCUGUCAUCACAGCGCUUCCUGUUUUUUAUUUUGUUACAUCGGUGUCGCAACCAAACAGAACACAACAGCUGCGAAUGGGAACUUGGUUAUUGUGUGAUAGCUGACUAGCUAACUAAGCAACUAGAGGUUUUAGAAAAAGGCAAUUUGAAUCGUUUAUUUUUGUAGUUUACUUAUUUUUCAAAUAUUGGACUGAACAUUUUUGAAUCCCUUUCGGCGAGCUAACUUCGCUGUUGAGCAGAACAAUGCGCUUCGCACCUAUCCCCUGCGCCGUGGGGCUGCUGUGUUUUGUUCUGGUGUUGUGCUCGGUACCAUUGGGGACCUCGUUCCCCGUUCAGGACGAGGGGAAACCGGGCAUAACGUUUCUGGAAGAGGUCGGGCGUCUCCGGGUCGGGUUCAACUGGCGGAACCUGACCUGUCCGGUGUGUAAAGUCCUCUUCACCAUACUGGAUAUCGCUCUGCUGAGUGACGUUAACGAGGAGCGGGUUGCGCGGGCCGUGGGUGAGGCCUGUAUCCGUCUCCACCUGGCUGAAGAGCGGGUCUGUCGUCAAAUCACAGAGCUGUUCAGAGAUGACUUCAUCAGCGCCUUGCAGCAGUCUCUGUUGUGGCCGUCGGAGGCCUGCGCUCUGCUGGUGGGGAGGUCAUGUGGACGCUUCGAUAUCUAUGCCCCCUGGAACGUAACCCUACCCCGGAUCCCCAAACCUCCAGUCACCCCGCCUACACCCCCCAAGCCUGGAGCACCACAGAGCAGGGUUCUCUUCCUCACAGACAUACACUGGGAUCAGGAGUAUGCAGUGGGCAGCUCUGCCGACUGUAAGGACCCGCUGUGUUGUCGUAAUGAGUCUGGAUCUCCCAACUGGCGUCAGAGAGCGGCUGGGUUCUGGGGUUCCUACAGUAAAUGUGACCUGCCCCUGAGAACCGUGGAGAACAUGUUGGAGAAUGCAGCUAGAACCGGUCCGUGGGACUGGGUCUACUGGACAGGAGACAUACCCGCUCAUAACAUUUGGUCUCAAACCAGGAAGCAGCAACUGUCUGAACUCACCGUUAUCACCAGACUGAUACACAGUCACCUAGGUAACUUGAAGGUGUACCCGGCGAUCGGUAACCACGAGAGCACCCCGGUCAACAGUUUCCCCCCGCCGUUCGUCCACGGCAACCGGUCGUCACGCUGGCUCUAUGACACCAUGGCCGAGGAGUGGGCGCCAUGGUUACCAGAACAGGCCCUGAAGACCCUUAGGUAUGAGGGUACAAUCACGGGUCAGUUCUUCGGCCACACGCACAUGGAUGAGUUUCAGAUGUUUUAUGACGAGGCGACGAUGACUAGGGCUGUGGGCGUGGCCUUCAUCGCUCCCUCCAUCACCACCUACGUCAACCUCAACCCAGGUUACCGGGUCUACCUGGUCGACGGUAACUACAAGGACAGUUCUCGGUUUGUUCUGGACCACGAGACGUACAUCUUAAACCUUACAGAGGCUAACCGACAACCUGAAGGGGGCGUCUCCACCACCUCACAACACCCCAUCUUCCACCCUGACCCGAACCCCAAAUGGACCCUCCUCUACCGAGCUUCUGAAGCCUACGGCGUCUCCUCCCUGUUCCCGUCGGACUGGGACGGGCUGAUCAGGACCUUCCUCCAGGACGACCGCGUGUUUCAGCGGUUCUGGUACCUCAGACAUAAAGGCCACGUGUCAGAACCCUGUAUAGAUGCCUGUAAGGCGACCGUUGUCUGUUUCCUACGUUCAGGCAGAUAUGAUGAGCUGAAGCAGUGUGAUCUGUUGGCGUUCGGGGGGGAUAUGGUUACAGCUGUUAGGAAGACACUGUGUUGAACUGGGUUAGGGUGGGGGCUCUGUGUGGGGGGGGG